AUGUCCCGGCUCCUGACCACGGUUAUCUUCAUCAACGAGUCCCAACCCGGAUACAACCGCCGGAACUACGAGCCCCCCCAGGUACAGAAGAACCUGGGUCUCAAGACCCUCGGACAGCCCAUUGAGCGCCUGAGCAGGAACCUCCGCACCGUCCAGGGCCUCGUCCAGGGCCUGGACUACAUCCACGCUCUCAGGGGCCUCGAUUUUCUGCCACCUGCCACAAAAUAUGUGCAGCCAUACCACCAGCUCCAAGCAGCUCAAACAGCCUUGCCCUCACCUUCUCAUCUACCAUCCAUCUUCACCAUGCACCCUCAUCAAGCAUCGGCAUCGGCAUCGGCACCACCAUCAUUCACUCUCAUCGGCCUCGAACGUCACAUCUUCGGCCACCAUGGCAACCUCGACGACUUCCACUCGAAACAUGCCACCACAAAGCGCGCCCAGCUCCGACCAGACGAUCUCUGA